UCCGCCCAGAGGGCACUUCCGCCCUUCCCGAAGAUGGCGCCAGCGGAAAACGCGGGCUACUGCCGAGCGGUGACGACCGCGUCCAGACUGGAGCUGAACCUGGUGCGGCUGCUCUGCCGCUGCGAGUCGAUGGCAGCGGAGAAGCGGGACCCUGACGAAUGGCGCCUGGAAAAGUAUGUGGGGGCCCUCGAGGACAUGCUGCAGGCCCUGAAGUCCCAGAUCAGCAAACCCGCCUCAGAGGUGCUCAAUGAAUAUUCCCGCAAAGUGGAUUUUCUGAAGGGGAUGCUGCAGGCAGAGAAGCUGACAUCCUCCUCCGAGAAAGCUCUGGCCAACCAGUUCCUGGCCCCAGGGCGUGUGCCAACCACUGCCAGGGAGCGGGUUCCGGCUACCAAGACAGUGCAUCUGCAGUCCCGGGCGCGGUACACCAGCGAGAUGCGCAGCGAGCUGCUGGGAACGGACUCUGCGGAAGAGCUCCAGCUGCCUGUGAGGAAAAGGAGUGGGGCGGCAGGUCCCAGGCCAGGGGAUGAGAAGCAGUCGGCUGCCGAGCUCGACCUGGUCCUCCAGCGUCAGCAGCAGCUGCAAGAGAAGCUGGCGGAGGAGAUGCUGGGCCUGGCACGGAGCCUCAAGACCAACACACUAGCGGCCCAGAGCGUCAUCAAGAUGGACAAUCAGACCCUGUCGCACUCACUGAAGAUGGCUGAUCAGAACCUGGAGAAGCUGAAGACGGAGUCCGAGCGGCUGGAGCAGCAUGCGCAGAAGUCGGUCAACUGGCUGCUCUGGGCCAUGCUCGUCAUCGUCUGCUUCAUCUUCAUCAGCAUGAUACUCUUCAUCCGCAUCGUGCCCAAGCUCAAAUAAAGGU